GGAUUAUGGUGGCACGGGACAGUGGCAGGAAGAUGGCGUCUAUGCGGUAGUGCUAGCAUUUUCAUUGAAUUAAGAUAUGGACAAAGCUAACUCAUUUUUCAGCCCGAGUUUUUAGUUAGUUAUUCACAAGAGCUGUUCGUCUUAGUACGUACAUACGCUAUGAGUUUCAGUGAUACUUUGCGUUGUGGAUUGUCUCCGGACUUUCGUUAAUGUGUUUCGGUUCCUGGCUUCCACUAACCAGCACAUAAUAAAUUAGUAUAGUUUUUAGAAUCGUUAAAGCAUUGUGUUGGCUGUUAUGAGUAUCACGUUAGACAGUGUUUGUUCAUACAUUUAACGGAUUGGAGCGUACAAGAGAAUUUACUCAGAAACGAACUACAAUGUUUACAAAUACGUUUUUAAAUAGUUUGAUUUCACUUCCUCGCUAGCCAGGAAAAAUAAAAAGAAAAAAUGGAAGAUAAGAAUCCAGAACGGAAGAUAAUGGUUUUUCGGCCAACCUACGAGGAAUUUAAAGAUUUCUCAAAAUUCAUUGGCUACAUGGAAUCACAAGGCGCCCACAAAGCCGGCGUUGCUAAGAUCAUACCACCACCAGAAUGGGUGCCACGAAAAUCGGGAUAUAAUAUAGAUGAAAUUGAUUUGAACAUACCAGCUCCAAUCUGUCAGGUUGUUGAUGGAAAACCUGGUCUUUAUACUCAAAUCAAUGUACAGAAGAAAGCAAUGACUGUUAAGGAAUACAGGGAUCUAGCUUGCAGUGAUAGUUACAAUACACCAAAGCACAACGAUUAUGAAGAGCUUGAGAGCAUGUACUGGAAGAAAAUAAUGUAUGGUUCACCAAUUUAUGGAGCAGAUGUCUCAGGCUCACUAACAGAUAAAGAUGUUGAUGUGUGGAACAUAAACCAUCUGGGAACAAUAUUAGAUUAUGUGAAUGAGGAUUACGGCAUUAGCAUAGAUGGAGUUAACACCGCGUACUUGUAUUUUGGAAUGUGGAAAACCACCUUUGCAUGGCAUACAGAAGAUAUGGAUCUCUAUAGUAUUAACUAUCUCCAUUUUGGGGCACCAAAGACAUGGUAUGCCAUCCCACCAGAGCAUGGCCGCAGGUUUGAGCGGUUGGCAACAGGAUUUUUCCCUGAGGCUUCAAAAAGCUGUCCUGCCUUCCUGCGGCACAAAAUGUCGCUAAUAUCUCCGAGAGUAAUGAGAAAGUACUCUAUUCCUUUCAAUAAAAUUACUCAGGAAGCAGGUGAAAUCAUGAUAACAUUUCCAUACGGAUACCAUGCAGGUUUCAACCAUGGUUUUAACUGUGCAGAGUCAACAAAUUUUGCCACUCCCCGUUGGGUGGAAUAUGGAAAGAGGGCAUCUCAGUGUCAUUGCAGGGAGGACAUGGUGAAAAUCAGUAUGGACACAUUUGUGAAGCGUCUCCAGCCAGACCGCUACCUCCUUUGGCUGCAGGGGAAAGACGUGGGUCCCCACCCCGAGGAUCCCUCGCGAAACUACGCUGCACCUCCACCCACGCAGCGUGAAGUUCUUGCAAACAAAAAUAUUUUGUGCCACAGCAAUGCCGACAUGCCGCAGAACGUGCUCAUGAACAUUCCGAGGGCGAAGACCCACCACCGCAAGAAGGUGUCUCCCGGCAGCGUUACAGAGUUGCCUUCCGACCUAGAAGACUUGGACGGUCUCGAAUAUCCACACGACUUACCUUCAGAGGUAAUCAGGAUAGCGGAGGAGAUACGCAAUGAAGAAAUCGACUUAAUGGAUGAGAAGACAUUUGAGGUCAUGCAGGAUGUGUGGCUGAAAGCUGGAGAGAUGGAUAUAACAGAGACACUCUUAUAUGAGGAAGAGCUCCGCAAGAAACGCAAACGGAGGCGAAACAGUGAACACUGCAGCCCGACAAAGAGGCUGAGCAAUUUGGAGGAAGACGAAAGCUGCGAAGACAGUCAGCACGAACUUCAGUCGCAACAAGAAGGUGCGAGGACGAAGAAAUGCAAACAUAAGAGGCACCACCACCACCAUCACCGUCACCAUCACCGCCACCGCGACAAGUUAAAGUUGGACUUCAGCCCGGAGGAGCUGGAGGAGGCGGGCAUCCCGGAUGCACUGCUGCAGUACCUGGCCGCCGAGGAAGGGGAGGGCGUGGCGGCCGCAGAGCUCGAAUCAAAGAGCCGACCACCCAAGUUGAAGCGCCACCCUGUCACGGUGACGGAGAAGCGCUGCAUCGACGAGUACUUGGAGCUGAUAGACCGCCACUACGAGGAGGCCGCAGAAAAGAGGUUGUCUGCGGCCGGUGGCAGCGGGCCAUCACUAACGCGGAUCGUGGAAGCGCUCCGGCAGCCACAGCGCCCAACGCAGCCGGCUGGCGAGUCUGCCAAUAGUGACUGUCAUAACAAGAGCAUUAAGAGUGAAGAUGCAGAUUUUACAGCUGAGGACAUGAAUGCUGUACAUGGACUUCUGAAUCUGCAGUCGAAGAAUACAUCACCGGUGUUGACGACUGAGCACGUGCCCUCUGCAAGUGGAUUAGACGUGGAAUGCCCCAUCCUGGAUAGCCAAGUUCCAAGUGUCGGAGCCACUGUCGAUGUCACGACAGGGUCUUCACCAGUGAAGGACAUCAAACCAUCAAAGGUUUUAAUUGUGAGGAAUAUUGGUACAGACCAGGAUGGUACGGGCAGGUAUCUAAAACUUGCCAAUACUUACGUACCAUUUAAAAUGGAACCGUAUGACGGUGGCAAGUUCGUGGUGAUACAGCCGCCCAGAGCAUCACAGGAGUCAGUGAGCCACACACUUGGCCAGCAGCAGCCACUGCCUCUAACAUCUCCGGGACAAAACUUCGACGCCCAGUCACAAACUAGGGUUGUUGUGCAAAGGUCAUCUGUGCCACCUUUCCCCAGCAAAACACCGUUCCAUGUUCAGGUAAAUAUUGGCAAGAACAACAUGUUCAUGUGCAAUGUGGAGACUGGUGAAAUCCGCCCUCUGGGCCAAACGGAGGACAGCUCCUCUGCGAGCCGGCAGGCCGGUUCGCUCUCCCACUUUGCUGCAACCGCUCGGCAGCCACAGCCACAGCAGCAGCAACAGAAACUCGGCUGGCACGCUGCCACACACGUACACACAGGGCCGCCCAGCCAGAAGGUGGUAAAGUUGCUGGGGGAGUUCAUUCUGCCAAAGAUCGACGUCGCAAAGCAGCCUGCUGACGCCAAAAAAACGAUGUACCUACUGCCUCCAAAAGGCGGUUCUGUUUCACCGGAUGUCAACCAGAGGACAGACUCUGCUGGCGAGAGCACACCGCCUGGCACAGUGGGUGUUUCAGAGCCCAUCCAGAACAAUACGUUGAAGCAGUUGUUGGCCUACCGUCCCACUGUGGGUGCAAAGCCCACUUCCGGAGGGCAGAGCAGAGAAGGGAGCAUCUCUGCUGUGAAGCCGGCAAGUGUCGGAGUGAGUUCAGAACGCAGCAGACAGCUCAGAGCUCUCAUCAAGCUGUUGGGACCCACAGCCAAUCUCAAGAAUGAAGCAAUACUGAAGAGAAUCAGUCAAGCUUUGUCACUAGCAAGGGCCAGAGCACGAUCAGAAGACAAUCCAAAUUCCAAAGGUAGCGCAAUUUCAAAGGCUGGGGCAUGGAGGAAAGGAGCACCUUCUGAUCGCUCCCUAGACAGAGUGGGAACUUCUGCAUCAGAAGGCGGUAAAUCUAGUCGCCCAGUCUCCGGCAGAUUUUCAGAAUUCGCAGUUCCUAGCAGUGUCGACAGUCAAUCAGGUGACGCGAAGCAGUGGAGACGUGCUACAGCGUACCGGCAGCAGCGUAAGCGCGGCAGCAGGCUCAACGGCGUGGGCCCGUCCGGUCGGCCUCCGAGGCCGCCCGUCCGUCCACCGAUAUCUGCCCGCAAGAAUCUGAGUCCUGCCGAUCAGCAGAAGCUUAUAGAACUGCAAAAAGUGCUGGAUGACUUUGUGGAGAAUGUUAUCCUCGAGAAAGGUGACAACCCCAAAAGUGAAGAGAAAUUGGGGAAUGACCAGGCAGCCAUUUCGACACCUCCCGACGGUGCCGUUAAGGUGAAAGGGGAGCGGUACGCUGGUGGGAGCGAGUGUUUUCUCCCGGGGCAGGAGAAGAGUGACAAGAAGCGAGAGCAGUCGGUAACACUGUACGCGGCAGCCGAAGGCGCGCCUCUGCCAUCGUGUACGCUGACAAAGGUCAGUGUCAAACCGAAGGACGAGAAGGUGCUGUUCAAGUAUGAGCAGUCAGUGACACCCGGAUCGGGAUCCGCGCCUGGCUGCGGCACGACUCGCCAGGUGUGUCGCCCCGACCUGGUGAGGCCACUGUCGGUCGCCAUCACGAGACUACCCACGACGGUCGCCUCUGCAGCUGCCGGCAAUGGCAGCUCCUGUUCACCCGCCCCGCUUCUGGUGCCGGCAGAUGAGGAGCCGGCCUGCAACAGUCCUCGCAGCGAACCACCUCAGCUGUCUCCCGAAGGAGGUCCUGGAUUCAUGAAGGAGAUGCAGCACUCGGCGCCGGCAGAUAUGGCCCUGGAGCGUGCUUUCAAUGCAUACUGGAGCGAACAGUACCCGCACUGUUCCCUGUGCACUGUUUUGCUGCACACAAAGUGCUGUUCAGGUGACAUAAACUUAGACGAAUGGAAGAACAGUCGGACAGUGACGAAACCGUAUGUGAGUCCAGUAUGGUUUCCAGAGCGUAGUAAGGAGAUGGAGUCACGGCGCUUCUUCGACUCCCACACGGGUGUGAAGGUGCUGCUGACAUGUGUUGAGUGUCAGCUGUGUGUGCACACAACGUGUUACGGCACCAGUGAGCAGCUCCCAAGUGCAGCGGGCAACAUACGCGGCAACUGGCGCUGUGAGAGGUGUCUCUUCGGCUCCCUCGGUUCGGUUUGUUCACUGUGCAGUAUGCGUGGCGGAGCAUUACGUCGCACCGACUCAGGGGCCUGGGUGCACCUGCUGUGUUCGGCCGCUCUGCCCGGCGUGCCAUUCCACGAUGCUCUGGAUGUGAGGGGCAUCAGUCUGUAUGCUAGGCAUCUGGACUGCAAGUACUGCGGAGUGCGUGCGGGGGCGUGCGUGCGCUGCUGCCACGAGGGCUGCAGCGCCGCGUUCCACGCCACCUGCGGCCUGCUGGCGGGCGCCCGCUUCGGGCUGCGCGUGCCGCCAGACUGCCGCAGCGUGCUGGAGGCGCGCUGCCGGAGGCACGCCCGCAAGGCGUGUGCUUUCGAAACGGGGCAGGCGGUGGUGGUGUGGGUCGGGGGCAGCUGCUUCGCCCCCGGGCACCUCACCCGCAUGUCAGUCAGGCCGCUGCUCAAGGUCGCCCUGCCAGACGGCAGACUCCUCCACGAGGUCGACCCGUCCGCCAUACUCAGCCGCGAUUGCUCACGCCUUGGCACACCUCUUCUCAAUUCUGAAGUGGACGUCUGGCUGAAUGGCAUGAGGUGUUCAGCGACAUUUCAAGGUGUGACAAUCAAGCAGGAGUUUGACGUUGUUCUGAACAACUCAGAGAAGAGAACAUUCAGACACGAAGAACUUUUUCGUGUUAAGGAUGAGAAUUUGUGAUAACUGGCUUGCCUAGCUUCCAGUUUGUGAGUAACUGCCAGCUUCCAUCUCCUGUCAGCCGUGCCCACACGUGGCCAUUCCACCGAGGAGUGCUCUGUCUCUUCCCUCAGAUUUAGCCGAAACUUCCAGUUUUUGUAGCAUUAGUAGCUCAUACGUUAUAUUGACACUUUGUGAACAUUCUAUUGUAAAUAGUCACAAAACAGUGUGAAUUUAUUUUGUUCUCGAAAAUGCGAUCGGCGUCACUGUGAGAGCCACAUAACACAUGCUCUGAUUACGACAGAAGGUGGUCGAUCGCCCGACGAUUGGUGUUGUGUCUCAGAGAAACUGUACAAUCCUGCUUCCAUAUAUUUUGUAUUAUGUAUAGAUUUGAGUGAGUUCUUAAGUAUUUUUUUUGUCUCUAGAGACUGAGUUGACACAGACUAUUAGUGUGGAACUGUCUGUCGGAGUACAGCAUUGACUAUAGUUUCACUUAGAUUCACUGAGUUGCACUGUAAACUGGCAGCGUUUUCUUUGACAUUUCUUGUCAUUACAACAAAAGCACCAUUAAAAAAGUUUUAAAU